CCCCCAUAUGCUCUGAUUAAUCUAUCUCUUCUUCAUUCCAUCAAUUGGAUGAUCCACAACAAAUGCCGCUCUCUUUCAAUACCCACCGUCCAUUUCAUACGCCUGUUAUCAACUUCUAUGACCGUUAUCCAAACCAACCACAACGGCCCAAACCAUGACCCCCAUCACAAAAUCAACGAACCUCUCCAUCUGCGUCGAUUCAGAGCUUCAAUGGCGGUUUCUAAAUCGACCCAUUUCAUGGACUCACUCUUAACCCAUUCCUCCUUUUCCAAUGCGUUGAAGAGCUCUGCAAAAAUGGGUUCUCUUCCUCAAGGACGAAAAUUACAUGCGCAUCUAUUUAAGUUAGGAUACCAUAAUGUAUUGUCAUUGCAAAACCAACUCUUGAAUGUUUAUGUUAAAUGCAAGGAAUUCUAUGAUGCUUGCAAGUUGUUCGAUGAAAUGCUCGUGAGAAAUCUUGUAACUUGGAACACGUUAUUGAGUGGUGUAUCUGACUGUGGUGGUGGUUUUAGAUCGAUUCAUAAUCUGGGUUUUCGCUAUUUCAAGAGAAUGUUGUCACAAAUGGUGGUUCCCGAUUGCAUUACGUUCGCGAGUUUGCUUCGUAUGUGCGUUGAGCUGAAUGAUGUUGAGAUUGGCAGACAGUUGCAUUGUCUUCUAAUGAAACUGGGAUUGUAUAUACAUUGUUUUGUAAAUAGUGCUCUUGUUGAUUUCUAUUCGAAAUUCGGUUUAGUUGGAGAUGCCAGGUGUGCUUUUGAUUGUUGUUUGGAGAAAGAUUUGGUUUUGUGGAAUGGGAUGGUGUCUUGCUAUGCUUUGAAUUGUUUGGCAAAAGAAGCUUUUUUGGUCUUUAGUUUGAUGCGGUUGGAGGGUGUAAAGGGCGAUGAUUUCACACUUAGCAAUCUCCUAAAUUCCUCAACCAAUUUGGAAUUUUUUGAGUUGGGUAGGCAGCUUCAUAGCCUUGUUAUUAGAUUGUCCUUUGAUAUAGACGUUGUAGUGGCUAGUGCACUAGUUGAUAUGUAUGCGAAGACUGAAAAUGUAGUGGAUGCUAGCAAAGCCUUUGAUGGGAUGGUCUUCAGAAAUAUUAUCUCAUGGAACACGAUGAUUGUAGGUUAUGGCCGACAUGGUGAUGGGAAGGAGGCUAUGAAACUUCUUGUGAAGAUGUUCCGAGAAGAUUUUUGUCCUGAUGAACUAUCGUUGGCUAGUGUUCUCAGUUCAUGUGGCAAUUUAUCCUCCUCGUCUGAAAUCAUGCAAGUUCAUGCCUACACAGUAAAAAAUGGGUUUCAAGCUUUUUUGUCAAUUGCAAAUUCCCUAAUUAAUGCAUAUUCCAAGUGUGGUAGCAUUGAUAUGGCACUCAAAAUCUUCAGCUUUAUUGCAAAGCCUGAUCUUGUUUCAUGGACAUCAAUGAUUCGAGCCUAUGCAUUCCAUGGAAAUCCAAAGGAAGCGAUUGAACUCUUUGAAACGAUGCUAUUGCAUAGUAGCGGGAGGCCAGAUCAAGUUUCAUUUCUUGGUGUUCUCUCUGCCUGCAGCCACGGGGGGCUAGUAGACGAGGGGCUUCAUUACUUCAAUUUAAUGACUAAUGACUAUCACAUUGAGCCACAUUCAGAGCACUAUACUUGUCUGAUUGACCUUCUUGGGCGUGCCAGUUUUCUAGAUGAGGCUUUCAAUGUUUUGAACUCGAUGCCUAUUGAGCCCGGAUCAGACACGCUAGGAGCCUUUAUUGGUGCGUGUAAGGUCCGUGGCAAUUCAGGAUUGGCAAUCUGGGCAGCAAAAAAGCUUUUUGUAUUAGAGCCGGGCAAUACUGUGAAUUAUACCCUCUUGUCUAACAUGUAUGCUUCUGUUGGUUGUUGGCUUGAUGUUGCAAGAGUUCGCAGAAUGAUGAGGGAUAGGUGUAGUCAUAAAGUUCCAGGUUGUAGCUGGAUAGAGAUUGCUGGUGAGCUUCAUACAUUUGUGUCAAGUGAUAAAUCCCACAAGCGAGCUUUGGAGGUUUAUACAUUAUUGGAUGUUCUGGUGAGAUUAAUGGAGGAUGAAGAAGACUGUUUGUCUUGUGUGGACUAGAUUUGAAUGUAUUGAGGAUAAAUGUGUGUUUGAUUUCUCCAGAUGACAUGGUGCUUUAUUUUGAUAAGGACACUGAGUGGUGAUUGUUUGGUGGAAAUUGGUUUUGGCUUCUAAUUCUGAGGUUAGAACUUGAAAGCCCUUGCCCUAAGCAGCAUGGACAUGGAUUGGCGACGCGAUACGGAUGCUCCGGCCUGGUAAGCAUGGUACUACUUGUCAAGUAUGCUAAUGGAUAUGAUCUAACAAUCAUUUGAUUCAUGAACAAUAACAUUGGUGAUUUGACCCAUUGCUACAUUUCUUUGAAGUCGGUGACUGUUAAUUCAGAGGUCAAAUUCAGAUUGUUGUUCAAGUUAAAUGCUGCUUUUUCAGUCAAAUUCGAUCUACAAAGAAGGGUAUCACGCUCUAUAAGAUUUGAAGCUAUGACAUCGAGCUUUGGAGACUCACAUUCUACUGAAUUGAAUUAAGAGCGCUUUCUUACUAAAAUAGCCUAGACCAUGAAGAAAAAGAUUAUUUUUGUAACUACAAAUAAUUUUUGGAGACAAAUUAGGGACCAAACAUAAGGAUCUAUUGCCAACCAACAUUUCACAGUUUUCAUGUUUUCAAGUGCUUUGUAAGUAUUGCUACUCAACCAACUGUGAUUUUGACAGAGUAAAUGGAGACAAUUGAUCUA